AGGCAAGAAACUCCCCUGGAUCGCCCAGAGCGGAUCUCGUCCCGCUCCUGCUUGUCCCUCUCCGCGCUCCCAGCCGGCUUUGGGGGGAGAAGUUUUCCCGAGGGGAGGUACCGGACGGAUCGUGUGCUGGAAGAAACUCAGGUUAACUACAUUUUCCUCAGCUUUAUACCAAAACUAAGAGAAGACAUUACGAUUUUCAUCAUUUCUGGGUUGUUUUCUUCCUGAAGAGCAAUGGAGGUGCUUUUAAAUGGAAGAGGAUUAAUUAUAUCCUUAAUUUUCCUUCUGUUGAAAUUCUCAACAGCGAUUGAAAUACCACUCUUAGUUCAACAGGUUCCAACAAUCACGAAACAGUCAAAAGUGCAAGUUGCCUUUCCCUUUGAUGAGUAUUUUCAAAUUGAAUGUGAAGCUAAAGGAAAUCCAGAGCCAAUAUUUAUGUGGACUAAGGAUGACAAGCAUUUUAAUCUCUCUGACCCUCGGAUAAUCGUAUCUAACAAUUCAGGAACAUUCAAGAUCCCAAAUGAGGGGCACAUAUCUCACUUUCAAGGGAAAUACCGCUGUUUUGCUUCUAAUAAACUGGGAGUUGCUAUGUCAGAAGAAAUAGAAUUCGUAGUUCCAAGUGUUCCAAAAUUCCCAAAAGAAAAAAUUGACCCUCUUGAAGUGGAGGAAGGAGAUCCGAUUGUCCUGCCAUGCAAUCCUCCCAAAGGCCUCCCACCUCUACACAUUUAUUGGAUGAAUAUUGAAUUAGAACACAUUGAACAAGAUGAAAGAGUAUACAUGAGCCAAAAGGGAGAUCUAUACUUUGCAAAUGUGGAAGAAAAAGACAGUCGGAAUGAUUACUGUUGCUUUGCUGCAUUUCCAAGAUUAAGGACUAUUGUACAGAAAAUGCCAAUGAAGCUAACAGUUAACAGUUUAAAGCAUGCUAUUGACUCAAGUUCAUCCACAGAAAUUGGUUCCCAGGCAAAUUCAAUCAAGCAAAGAAAACCCAAACUGCUGUUGCCUCCUACAGAGAGUGGCAGUGAGUCUUCAGUUACCGUCCUCAAAGGGGACACCUUGUUGCUCGAGUGUUUUGCUGAAGGCCUACCAACUCCACAAGUUGAUUGGAAGAAAAUGGGUAGUGACUUACCAAAGGGAAGAGAAACAAAAGAAAACUAUGGCAAAACUUUGAAGAUAGAGAAUGUCUCCUACCGGGACAAAGGAAAUUAUCGCUGCACAGCCAACAAUUUCUUGGGAACAGCCACUCAUGAUUUUCAUGUUAUAGUAGAAG